AUGUCGAUCGAAAUAGAAUCUGCCGAUGUGAUCAGGUUAAUACAACAGUAUUUAAAGGAGUCCAAUCUCACUAAAACAUUGCAAACCCUUCAGGAAGAAACUGGUGUAUCACUAAAUACUGUAGACAGUGUUGAUGGCUUUUGUGCAGACAUUAAUAAUGGUCAUUGGGACACUGUACUAAAAGCCACAGCAUCACUUAAACUCCCAGACAAAAAGUUGAUGGAGCUAUAUGAACAAGUAGUGUUGGAACUAAUUGAGCUUAGAGAACUCGGAGCUGCUCGCACAAUUUUGCGUCAGACCCAACCCUGUCAACUUAUGAAGCAACAUGAAACUGAUCGCUAUAUGCAUCUUGAAAACCUGCUCUCCCGGUCUUACUUCGACCCGCGGGAGGCGUACGGCGCAGGCGGCGGCAAGGAACGGAGGCGAGCGGCGCUGGCGGCGGCCUUGGCGGGCGAGGUGUCCGUGGUGCCCAGCUCCAGGCUGCUGGCGCUGCUCGGCCAGGCGCUGAAGUGGCAGCAGCACCAAGGCCUCCUGCCGCCCGGAACAACAAUUGAUUUGUUCCGGGGCAAGGCAGCCAUCAGAGACGAAGAGGAUGACCAGUGCCCCACACAACUUUCGAAAAUAAUCAAGUUCGGCCAAAAGUCGCACGUUGAGUGCGCAAGAUUUUCGCCUGACGGGCAGUAUUUGGUGACGGGGUCAGUGGACGGAUUGGUGGAGGUUUGGAACUUCACUACGGGCAAGAUCCGCAAGGACCUACGCUACCAGGCGCACGACGAGUACAUGAGCAUGGAGGAGGCCGUGCUGAGCCUCGCCUUCGGCCGCGACAGCGACACCCUCGCCGCGGGCUCCAUCGACGGCAAGAUCAAGGUGUGGAAGGUGUCCAACGGGCAGGUGCAGCGGAAGCUGGACCGCGCGCACACCAAAGGCGUCACCUGUUUGCAGUUCACGCGCGAUAACACACAGAUCCUGUCCGCAUCGUUCGACAGGACCAUACGGAUCCACGGACUGAAGUCGGGCAAGCUGCUGAAAGAGUUCCGCGGGCACACGUCGUUCGUGAACGAGGCCGUGUUCACGCCGGACGGGCACGGCGUGCUGAGCGCCUCGUCGGACGGCACGGUGCGCCUGUGGAGCGUGCGCACGGCCGAGUGCACCGCCACCUUCAAGCCGCUGGGCUCGGGCGAGCCGCCCGUCAACUCGCUGCUGCUCACGCCCAAGAACCCCGAGCACUUCGUGGUGUGCAACCGCACCAACACGGUGGUGAUCAUGAACAUGGCGGGGCAGAUCGUGCGCUCGCUGUCGAGCGGGCGGCGGGAGGCGGAGGGCGGCGCGCUCGUGUGCGCCGCGCUCGGCGCGCGCGGCCGCCUCGUCUACUGCGCCGCCGAGGACUUCGUGCUCUACGCCUUCUGCGCCGCCAGCGGCAAGCUCGAGCGCACCAUCAACAUCCACGAGAAAGCGGUUAUCGGCAUGACACAUCAUCCGCACCAGAACCUGCUCGCCACGUACAGCGAGGAUGGCCUGUUGAAAAUCUGGAAGCCU